ACCUAACGAGGGACUCUAUGUUCGGCCUUCAAAAUUUCUAAGUUUGGACUUUGUAGCAUUGUUGUGAACCCCAGCCCGGCCCGGAUCAGAUGUUUUAUUUUAUUUUAUUGAGCCCAUUCAGAUGGUUAACCAGUCAAAUUGACCGGUUUUGGGGAAUUUUCUGUAUGGUAAAAAGUACAUCCUUAAUUACCGGGGAAAAAAAUUCAAUCCUUUUCCAUGAAGUGAACUCGGGUAGGGAUUGCAACGGGUUAGGUCGGUGGACGAUUGUGCAUAUUCAUUAGGGCUGGAGGUUCGGUUAUAACCGGUAACCGAACGGUCGGUUACCGGUUAACCGCGACGCAAAGAAACCAUACCGCCAACCGACCGACCACCUUCCUCGGUUAACCGACAAUCGACCGGUUGGUUACCGGUUAGUUGGUCGGUUAGUCGAGGAAACCGCACAAGCCCAGACAGUGUCGGUUGUAACCGCCUUCCCUUCUCUAGUGGCGGAGGAACAACGACGGCCGGCGGGGGACUGUGUGGCUUGCGGGUGGCGGCCAGUCGGGAAGCUGGCCGAGGAGGAGAUGGCGGAGCAGCCGAGCAGGGGGAGGAGGACGAAGUCCCUUAUCACGUUUGAGAGAAUCGACGAUAAGCCCUUGGACAGUACAUCGCUGCUGCUGUUCUCGAGCGUGCCGUCGGCGCCGUCUGGUUGGGAUUCUUCGGGAUCAGUUUUGGCGCGAUUCGAUGCUUUAGCAGGAGGGAUUGAAUUCGUCACCGGUGUUGUACAGACGAAGGGAAGGCGAAUUGGGGUUGGGGAAGGAAGGAGAAGGACGAAGUCGAAGGGCGGAAGAAGGGGUAUUAGGGUUAGGGGUCGUUGAAAGUCUGAAAUGUUGAAGAGUGGAGGGGCGGCGCCAUUUUGUGUCAAGGGGAAUUGGCUGUGUCGGUUAGCCGUCGGUUAGCCGGUUAACCGCCACAGCCAAUAUGCCUACCGAACACCGCCCGCCACCUAUUUUUUCGGUUACUCGGUUAAUAGGUAACCGCCGGUUAUCGGUUUAAUCGGUCGGUUAACCGGAAACCGCUAACCGAACCUCCAGCCCUAAUAUUCAUUAUCCUGCUCAAAGUAGUUCGGGUUUUAUUCAUACCCAUAUAAGAAAAUGGUACAAAAUCAUACCUAUACUCGUUUGGGUUUCGGGUAUUCUCGAUUAUCUAUGGUUAAUAUUUUCUCUUUAUAAUUAUGACCAAUAUGUUAAUACUCACAAGUAUGCUCGGGUAGGGAUUGCAACAAGUCAGGUCAGUGGACAAUUGUGCAUAUCCAUUAUCCUGCCCAAAGUAGUUCGGGUUUUACCCAUACCCAUAUAAGAAAAGGGUAAAAAAUCAAAACAAUACUCAUACUCGUUCAAGUUUCGGGUAUCCACGAUUGUCCAUGGGUAAUAUUUUCUCUUUAUAAUUACAACCAAUAUGUUAACAUUUACAAGUAUGCUCACAUUAUAUAAGAAGAGAAGUACGACAAUAAAUCACUAGAAUGAAGAAAAUUUAUUAAAACAAACACAAUUUCAUGAAUAUAUUAUAUUUGUAUGCUAAAUAUAAAAUACUUUAGAGAAAAAUAAUUAUUAUUUAUAGCCAAAAUACAUGUGUAUCUGUAUAAUUAGGUGGGUUUGGGUUGGAUUGUAAGAAAAUCAUGUCCCCCCAUUACCCGCAACACUCGGGUUCGGAUUUUACCUGUACCCACAAAAAAUCCUUCAUUUUCGGGUUUUACCCUACUCGAUUAGGUCGGAUUCGAACAUAUAUCCACGGUUACAGAUAUUUUUACCAUCCCUAAACUCGAUAUCUCACAAUAUUUUUUCCCUAUAAAUUGCAAGUGAAUGAUUUUUCAAAACGAUUUUAGUUGUUCAAUUUUUUUUAGUUAUCUCUCACUAAUUCGGGUCGAUAUUUUGUCCAGAUUUUGACAACAUUAUUUGUAGGGGGUGAUGAAGGCGCUUGGAAUUGUAUAAUAGUUUACACAUUACACUCUUGCCUUCCAUCCACCUUCUGUGUUGUAAUUUGUUUAUUGGAUCCAUUACUAGUUUACUACAUUCCGGGAACCAGGGAGGGAUUGGGACUUGGACAAGAAGACAAUUUCGCACGUAACAUCCUUGUUUAUCGAUGUAUCACAGCUCACCAUAUCUUCAAUGAAGCUUCCUUCGGUUCCCCAUCCUUUUUUGGGAUGAACAUUCGGUUUCCCUUCUUUGUCUCCAGCUUUAUUUCGAUCACGAAUCUAGCUAUCUUCUAGUAGGGGCAAAUAGAAGGAUCAUUGUUAU